CCUCAGUAAGGUCUUCGCUACCAAAUAUCGAAGCAUUCAAUGGGUCCUGGUCAUCUAGUUUAUUCGAUUUGUUGCCGGGAGAAGUGGUCGAUAUUGUGGACUAUGCAUUUAACCACCACAAAGAGACGAGUCGAGCACCGAAGCUGGCUGUCAAUGCUAGCUCCUGGUGGUAUGCCAAUAUGACGGCUGCUGCAGCGCAGACUGUUCGAGACAGAUCCGGUGUAAAUGCCAACCCAAUCGAGAAAAACAUUUUAUUCUAUGCCCUACAAAUCUUGAAUUUGGGAAUCGAAGUGCACUUCGUUUUUGAUGGGGGGAAACGCCUGAGUAACGGAGGGAAAUUAUAUCCAGGCCACGAUCCGCCUUCUCAGCUCUUCCGAGACACCCUUACAAAUAUCGGACUCCCUUGGCACCAAGCUCCUGCUGAAGCAGAGGCCGAAUGCGCGAAGAUGGAAACGGAAGGAGUUGUUGAUGGGGUAUGGUCCGAGGAUGGUGAUGCGCUGGCUUUCGGUUGCAAAACUCUCAUCAGGUUCCAGCCAAAAGUGGUGUCCUCCACGGAGAAUGGCGAAGACGUGCGAAAGAGUAAAACACACUUCAAAAUCUACAAACUGGAUAAUCUUAAAAGUCAACAUCCGGGCAUGGACCGAGAGGGGUUCAUCCUACAUGCGAUUUUGAAUGGUCAUCCGAAGGACGUUGGGGAGCUGUACGAUCUUGGACCGCAGGACGUGCUCAAUGCCGCCGAGUCGGGCCUUGGAAAGUCUUUGUGCGCGGCUUCAACCACUCAAGAGAAUAUGAAGCAAUGGGCAACAACAGACUUCGCUAGGUAUCUGAAAGAUACGAGAAGAAACCUCGAUAUUCCGCCAGACUUUCCGAAAUGGGAGCAUGUCCAAGAUUACCUCAACCCAGUCGUAUCGGCCCCAGUAGUAUUUUCAAAGCUUCCGCAAGCACAAAAUCCCUUUUGGAAUGAAAAGGACUUGUUCACAUUUCUGGUUGACAAGUUUCAAUGGACUAUCACGCAGUGGGUGAAGUACGUCGUACCUGUACGAAUCGUUCGGGCUCUGCUUGCAACUGAGGAGGGGGGAGCAAGCCAGCACGAUUAUCUGAAGCUAAAGUGUGACCUGCUAAAGAAGCCGACCCCGAGAAAAAAUCAGAGCUCGCAGAAGAAUCAGAUCACGAAAAAGGUGAAAGCGACUUUCUUACUCUGCAAGGCGACCUCGCUGGAUACCACAAAACUUGGAACCACAGAAUCCUCGAGGAGGGAGUUCGAAACUCUAUCGUGGAUCAUUCUAAAAGCUAAUUUCAAUGGGCAGCGACCCAUAACCUCUUUCUUGCUCUCACCCGACUCAGCUCGAAAAGGCAAAGCUGUAGCUUCAACGCCAGGCUCCGGAAGGCCGGGGCCUAGCGGGACACCCCUCACACCACCAUCCGCCUCGCCAUCUAGCUCAAACGGAGAAGGUUCAUCAGAGCGACGUGAGAGGAUGAGGCGCAGUCAGAACCCGCCCCUCAGUCCAACACCUACCAGCAGAAAACGCAAACGCGCAGUACCGUUUGCUAUGGCAAGGGCCACAAAAAAUAUCUCAAGAGCACCCACAAAGAAUAAGGAACCUAAAAUCUCAUCUACACAGGCGAAUGAUAUUGGCAAGGGCAAAGUCAAGGAGAUUCCGGAUUCGUCAAACAUGAGAGCAAACGCAAAAAGAGCUCGAUUACAGCCAACCUCUCCCCAAGACUCCGGUGAGGAUCUCUCUGGUGACCUCGAGAAGAGGCCAAAGUUGGUUGUGGAACAGCAUCCAUCAACACCACCUGCGCAAAUCACAAAGCCAGCAGACGCCAUCAACAACAUCAUAGUCAUCGACUCGGACUCAGAUGAUGAUGUAUUCGGCAGCUUCCCACCAGUGGCUGCGGAACAGCUCCUAUCAACACCACCUGCCAAGAGAACAGCAGAUGCUGACAAAGAUUUUAUAAUGCUUGAUUCGGACGAGGAUGAAAGCGAGGAUGAUUAUGGCAGCUUCCCGUCUGUGUCUCAAUUACCUCCUAUACUUGGGAAUAUGCCCGCGAAGAUUGUUCCGGAUGGUGGCAUUGUUGACGACUCCUCUGGCGAUGAGUAUGGCAGUUUCCCGGCUUCGCCUGAUCUCCGCGCUUUACCGUGAAGGUUGUUCUCGACAUUCUGCCCUUGGAAGUAACUCGGCGUAUGACGCCCGAAUUCUUCAUACCACGGGCGAUUCUUGGGGAAACGUUCUAGUGGGCAGCUGGUGUUCAGGCUCGAGAUUCGUGAUAUCCCACCCCCAUGGAGUUGAUUCCAUUUAUUUCGUUCGCGGGCGCCUUUAGAUACAGGAGUUAUGCAGAAUAGAUAUGAUACUCUGAAACCUUAAACCUG